AGAAGGGUGGGGAAUGAGAUCGGUCCUUUCUACGAGGGCGUUUCUAUAAAAUCUGCACUCUUUUUGCAGCCCUGGCUUGCGCGCUCUCUCUCGACAAAAGCCGCAAUGCCAAAGUUCUCCAAAUCCCUCUCCAAAAUCAAAUCUCUCUCUUCCUCCUCUCCUUCAACCCCAGCCCACGAUCAAAUCCCUCACCUCGCCCUUCGCCCAAAACCCCCAUCGUCAAAACCCCCCCAAACCCUCAGAUGGGCCUCAAAGCCCAGCCCACCGACCCUCGGCCCCCAAAUCCUCUCCCUCAUCUCCUCCAACAACCUCCAAGAAGCCCACCGCCUCCUCCUCUCCUCCCCUCACCCCCCGCCAGAGCCCGCCCUCCUCCCCCUCAUCCGGGCCUUCGGCCGGGCCCACCGGCCCGACGCAGCCAUCAGACUCCUCGGCCUCUUCCCCCCUCAGAACCCACCCUCCCUCAGAGUCCUCAACUCAAUCCUCAACGUCCUCGUCGAGGAAGACAUCGACCUGGCCCGCAAGUUCUUUCGGAAGGGGAUGAGCGUUCGAGACGAGCACACGUUUGGGAUCCUCAUGAAGGGUCUCUGCGGCGCCAAUAGGAUUCAAGAGGCGUUCAAGCUGUUGAAGCUGAUGAAGUCUUCGGCGAGCUUGAAGCCGAAUUCGGUAAUCUACAACACUUUGAUUCAUGGGUUAUGUAGAAAUGGGGGUGUCGGAAGGGGUAGGAGCUUAAUGGGUGAAAUGGACGAGGUUUCAGAUGUUACGUUCCAUAUUUUGAUAUCUGCUUAUUGCAAAGAGGAUAAUUUGGUCCAGGCUCUCGUUAUGCUAGAGAAGUGCUUUGAUUCCGGGUUUGUGCCCGAUAAGAUAACGGUUACGAAGGUUGUGGAUGUUUUGUGCGGGCACGGGCGUGCAAUGGAGGCGGUGGAGUUGUUGGAGAGAGUGGAGAGCAAAGGGGGGGUCGUCGAUGUUGUGAGUUAUAAUAGCUUGGUUAAGGGUUUUUGUAGGAUGGAGAAGCCCGAGGUUGGUCGAAGGGUAUUGAAGGAGAUGGAGAGGAAAGGAUGCCUUGCAAAUGUGCAUACUUAUAAUGCGCUGAUAUCGGGGUUUUGUGAUUCGGGUAAAGUGGAUUCGGGUAUGGAUUUGUUUAGAGAGAUGGGGAUGGUUGGGGUUUCUCCGGAUUUUGAGACGUUUGAUCUGUUGAUUCGAGGUUUUUGUCUGGAGGGGAGGGUUGAAGAUGGACUGAGAAUUUUGGAUAUGAUGGAAGAAACGAGAGGGUAUGAGAGUAGGGUUAGUCCUUAUAAUAGUCUCUUGUAUGGUUUUUACAAAGAGAAUAGGUUGGAAGAAGGUUAUGAGUUUCUUAAGAAGAUGGAGAGUUUGUUUCCUAGAGUUGUUGGUAGGAGCUUGAGGAUUUUGGGAUUUUGCGAAGAGGGUAAAAUUGGAGAAGGGAAAAUUAUUUUUGAUCAGAUGGUUAAUGAAGGGGAUAUCCCGAGCGUAUUUGUAUAUGUUAGCUUGAUCGUAGGGCUUAGCAUUGGAGGGAAUGUUCGUGAAGCUUUUGGUUUGAUGAAUGAGAUGGUGGAGAGAGGAUAUUUUCCUAUGGUUUCAACGUUUAAUGCUUUGAUUCAUGGAUUUUGUGAGGAGGGAAAUUUUAGAAGUUCAUUGAAGUUGUUAGAUGAGAUGGUUAGUAGGAGAUGUUCGCCUACCACUGAAAGUUAUAAUCCUUUGAUUUGUUCUCUUUGUAAACAAGGGGAUGAAGGAAGGGCAUAUAAUUUCCUUGUGCAAAUGGUGGAAAGGGGUAUAGUUCCUGAUAGUUUUACAUGGAGCUGCUUCCUCGUGAACGAAAGAUUUGAGAUGAAACUCGAAAGCACAACUCGGGCGAUGGAUGCUUUAUGCAAUAAUUAUACAGAUGAUUGAACGAUUUUGUUGAAGUACUUGGUACAUACUGUGUACCACACGUCGCUUGUUGUGUCGCCAAUGUCUGAAUUUGAAGCUGCUUCACCCUUUGGACAUGCUGAUUGGUUUGGUUACCCUCUUGCUUUUAUACCUUGGGGUAUGGAAAGCCCUGGUAGGUGUUAAUGUUGAAGAUUUGUGUAUGUCAACGUUUUAUGACUGAGAGUCUAUCAGAGCUCUAGAUUGACAAAUUGAGUGAUGGGGAGGCCACAAGUUGACUCAUGGGAAAGCGGUAGAGGAUGGACCAUAUUAGUUUGCUCAAACAGAUUAUUAAGAUGCAAAGGUCCGAAGUUCCUCAAAGGGUGAAAUGGAGAGGAGCGAUAUCUUUCCUAAUGUGCACAAAAACAAUGCAUUUGUCUCUAGGUUUUGUGAUUAGAAGAAAAUGGAGUAUUGUGCGCUUUGGAGAAUGCUGGUGAUUGCUCCAGAUUUUGAAGCAUCCUAUAUGUAAAUUAGACAAUUUUGAUUGAACUCGAAGUUUGAGGACUGACUGAAGAUUUUGUGCUUAAUACAAGCAAAGGGAGGGGACAAAGUUUAAUCCUUGUGAAAGUAUAUCAAGUAUGGGGAGAGCUUUCUCCUGGUAUUUUUAUGGGAACUUGAGAAUUUUGUGAAUUCUGAAUAUUUGUGAAUAUUUGUGAAGCCCUUUUGAUUUGAUGAACUGAUGCAAUGGCGAAAAGUUGUUGUUUUCUUGUUCUUCAAUAAAUGAGUUGUAUUUCAUGGA